UAGUGUUUUUACUUUUUUUGUUAAGGUAAACCUUAGUAAUGUUUUAUAUGCGGCUCAUGAGCUAAGGACUUCACACAAAGAAAGAAAGCAAUGGCAUAUUUAGAGUAACUACUGUGAAAAAAAAGACUAGAUCAUGGAAAGUCUUUCUGACAAGGUUUCACACCUGGGUAUAAAAGUAUUUCAUCACCCAGACAAGUCUAAUAAUGCAUACAAAUAAAUGUGGUGUUUAUGGAAGCAAUAACAUAUAACAGUGUGUUCCACUAUGGCCUGGUAUCUGCAUGCUUGGGGGUGUUUGGCACAAGGCGAGAUGUGCAUUUAUUGGACUGUGUGAUAACACCCUGGAGUGUGUUAUUGCUCUUUUAAAAUGGCACCCUACCCCACCCCUCACCAAAGUGGAUUGGUUGUCAAGUGAAUCAAGAAAAAUCAUCCCAACAGAUACACACCCGCACAUUUCAUACAGGAAUUGUUUACACUAAUUAAGAUUUUAAAACACAAAACACGCUUUAUUUUCAUUUUAAAACGGAUAUCUGUUACCACACCAGGUUAAAGAAAGCUCUCAGUUUACUUGGCUUACCUUCCAGGAAGUCUGUUACUGUUUCACUUCCUUGGUUAUUUCACCCCAGUAGCACCUUCUGGGUGUCGGUCAAUAGGGAAAGCAGUUGAAUGGUUAUUGACAGGAAAGAAGCCAGUAAAGGGGUGGGGGGAAUUUCAACCUCCAGCUGAAAUGACCCAGGAAGGGAAAGUCUAAAAACAAAGUUUACAAACAAAUUGUGUGUAACGUAGUGUACCAGUUACCAGGUUUUAAAAUGAAUGUUUGCAAUAAUGUGUUUAUAUUGAAACUUUUGAAUGAUUCUCUUUUGAAUAACAUUUUAAAGCAGAUUUUCAAAAAUCUGAUUUAUCUCAUUUAUCCUGAUAUCCAAUAUUUUCAAUUAAUUUCAUUUUAAUAUGUUAAAAAUCAGAUUGACCUGUAGUGGAAAAUCCAUAUUUCAGUUCCUGGCAACGGGGCGAUUCCUACGAAGAGCACAAGAGUAAAACAAAGUCACUCCCUUGUCAGGCUGAGGUAUUGUUUCCUGAGAGACAAUGUGCAACCAUUAAACUGUCCCCUUGCAACACGCAGCCAUGUAAAUGUGAGAAAUAACCACAUUUGCUCUAUGUGGUGCUGAGCUUCUCUUAGUCAAUGUAGUAUGUUUACAGAUUAAUGGUUACACUCUGGUGUUCAUGUUGCAACUGCAGUUCUGAUUCCUAGAGCUUUAAAAAAAUAACAAAGUGGUAUAGACACAAUUAAACAAGUUUUGUAUGGACAUAAUUCAAAAUGUAUAUUUUAAUUCUCAAUGCUGGAUAUUCAUUUAUUCCCAUGUAACCAAUAUUAAACCUACAUUUCCCAGUGAAGUUUCAAUACAACAAAAAAGGAACGCCAAUUUAAAUAUAUUUCCAUAUCAAUAUGCCCUGUUAUUGUCAUGCUAUUGCAUGUUGGUACAUUUUAUGAAUUUGAACUGUAUAUUUUAACCUUGACUCUCACUUGUAAGUUUUUAGUUAAACUUGUUUUGAUGAUUGGAGACUGGUUGGCUUCAAAAGUAUUUGUAUUCAUGGUGCUUGUGCCAAUGUAACCUUUCAUCUAUGGAUAUGCUGUAGUCAAAGCUUUUUUCAAGCUAAUUUUGCAUUUUUACACAUAUUUACCAUACAAUAAACAAAUGAAUAUGCAGCAAGCAUAUGUUAAUUAAACCAAACAAACAUUGCUCCAGAUUUGCUCAGUGAAUUUAACAAAGAUUUAUAAUUUCCAAAUCAUAAUAAAUAGAACAGUGAUUACAGCUCAUGUUUCCAGUGGCUGCACUGUAGAAGACUUUAUUUAUGCAUGAAAGCGCGUAGAAUAAAUUACACAUGGUCAAUGGAGAGUGAACCCCAACAACAGACAUCUCCCUCAAAUCACCACACCACAGAGAGCAAAAAACAACAAAAGAUCCACUGUGAGCACAGAGGGAGAGUUCCCUUCUCACUUCAGACCAGCCCUUUCCUUUUCUUCUCUUAAAACUGCUUCGUGAUCAGUUUCCUAACAAUCUCAGCAGACCGAUAUCCCUUCCUGCUGAUUCAGCACAAGGACAAUGCAAAGUGGACUGUUCCUCUGCAUUAUCCUGAGCAGUAAACUUGCAUUGUCAUAGAACAUGUUUGUUAAUCAUAAAGCAAACUGUGUAAACAGUGUAUCAUUGAACUUUUGACUCUCAACAUAGAUUCCAUUCGCAAGUGUUUUUCUUCUGGCUUUUCUUAACAGGACGACUCCACAGCAAGAGAACAACAUGACAGCCAUAAAGAUACAGACACAAGGGGUGCAUUCCUGCAGAAGACCCAAAAUUCAGUUCCUUGAGAUUUUCACCAGAAGCUUAAUUAUUCUGUGCAUGGCACUAGCCAUCAUACUGUCCUCUAUUUCUGUGUGUGAUGGCCAUUGGCUUUUUGCUAAUGCCAAAGUAUUUGGACUUUGGCACUUUUGCAUCAUAGAGCAGCAUGGUGUCCCCAAUUGCACUACAGAUCUGAAUGUGGCCAGUAUUCAUGGACUGCAAGUUGGACUUAUAUUUUCCCGAACAGCUGUCUCUUUUGUGGUUGUAGCAGCUAUCUUUGGACUGGAGCUGUUGAUCGUCUCCCAAGUUUGUGAAGAUCUCCAUUCCAGGAAGAAGUGGUCUUUCGGAUCUCAGCUUGUUCUUUUGUCCUUUGCUUUGUCAGCUGCUGGGAUGCUCAGUUUUGUUAUCUGGCUGUGGAAUCAGGUCUCCUUCAUGGGGUUUACUUUAACCUACUGGUGCCAAUUCACUGCCGUGUUCCUCUUCUUUCUAAAUGGAAUCAGCGGCCUUCACAUCCAUAGUUUAAUGCAGCUGCCUAUAGUUCACCCAGGGAAGAUGUAGAAUAACGUCAGUUCCUAUGGGUUCGAUAAAGUUUUGUUCAGGAUUUAUGUAAAUAAUUAUUUCUGUAUAAAAAAAAAAUGGAAAGAUGGACUCAAGUUGUCAUCCAAAUUCCUUUUUAUAACAUUUCUUUUCAUGAUCAGGCAGUGUUUUGAUUAUAUUUAAGAAACAUGAGGAAGAACUUUAAAUGUGUGAUCUCAUGAAAGGGACAUCUAACUGUUAAUGUCACAAAACAAGUUGUACUAUAACAUCUUUUGACUACUGAGUUUAACUGGUGUUGUAUUCAAUAAUUAAUAAUUCAAUAAUUAUCAGUUUGCCAGCACCUGGCAAACUGAAUAGUUGAAAUAUGUAGAUCAACCAACAUUUAAUUUGUAUAUUUAUCAGAAUAUGAACUUUCAGCAUUAUUGUCAGUUUUAGCACAUGCAAACAUUUUUGUUCCAUUUUAGCGCACUGUAAUUACAGACAGACCUGCCUUUUUUUGAGAAUUUUAGUUUGUAAUUAAUCAUUUCCUGCCUCAUACAGUAUAUUUGCUGAACCUGGUUGCCAUAAAUUUUGUCAACAUUUUAAUGUUUACUUUAGAAGAAAUUGAUCAGGUUGUGCUUUUAUGUAAAUGCAGUGUUUCUCAUGAAUCAAUUUUCUUUUUUUGUAAGUGCCGUAAACAAAUGAAAUUGUUUCUCAAUGUAUUAUUUUUUUAUUUUAUU